GAGAAAUUGAUCAGACAACCAAGGGAAGAGAGAGAGAGAGAGAGAGAGAGAAGGAGGCAUUCCAUUCAGCGCUGUGAGAUCCUGCAGAGAAAGACAGGAGACCUGUGGAAGAACAAAAGGAGAGAGUGAAAGACGUGAUAGGUUGAAUAUGGUGUGUGCAUCCUGGCUGUUAGUGGUGGUGUGUGUGUGCAACCCUGGGGUGUGGGGGCAGUGCUGGGAUAGCUCCCACUGCAAAGACCUCACUUCAGAGGACAAGAUACUGGAGUGCAUCCCCCUGUGCAGGUGUGGGCUCCAGGACGAAUCCCCAGAGCCCAGAUCGGCUGCCCAGCAGUCCGCCGAGGACAGCCUCUCCCUGGGCAUCCUGUUGGCAGCCCUGACCUCUGGAGAGAGAGCCCUGGAUGCUGACCCUGAGCCCCACAGCGACAAGAGACGCUCCUACUCCAUGGAGCACUUCCGCUGGGGCAAACCCAUGGGGCGCAAACGCCGACCCAUCAAAGUCUAUGCCUCCAGUCUGGAAGGGGGGGACUCCUCCGAGGGCACCUUCCCCCCGCAGGCACGCAGGCAGCUGAGCAGCUGGGAGGACGAGAUGGCGGGGGCUCUGGAGCACCAGAGACUGGGGAACCAGGGGUCCAAGGCUCAGACCAAGGUAGUCCCCAGACCCCUCACUGAGAUGGGGCUGCAGAAUAAGAAGGAUGGGUCCUAUCAGAUGGGUCACUUCCGCUGGGGCAGCCCACCCGCUGUCAAGCGCUACGGUGGCUUCAUGAAGCCAUAUGCCCAGCAAUCCCAUAAGCCCCUGAUCACGCUGCUCAAGCACGUCAUCCAUAAAAAUGAGCAGUAGAGGAGGGAAGCAGGAACAAGGGAUAGAGGAAGGG